AUGGUGACCCUGCCCCUGAGGCAGGCUGUGUCACAGUGCUAUUACCAUGGCUGGGUUGGAGACAACCAAGAGUCCAUUGCCAGCAUAAGCACUUGCAAAGGAAUCAGGGGUUUCUUCAGGACAGAGAAUCAUGACUACGUGAUUGAGCCUCUGUCAGACAGCCAAACUGGGGAGCAUGUGAUUUACAGAGCCGAGCUCCUGAAGGCCAGAGACGUCCACUGUGGGGUCACUAAGACCAUGGACUCUGCACUACCCAAAUUCACCCGUAGAGGGCACCCUCAGCACAGGUUCGCGGGGGCCUCACAAACACCAUCUGUGAAAGGACGCAAGUAUAUUGAGACGUAUCUGGUUGUGGACAACAGCGAGUUUCGGAAUUUAGGAAGCGAUAUGAACAAAGUGCGGAUGAGGAUGUUUGAGAUCAUCAACUUUGUGAACAGGAUAUACCUGCCCCUGAAUACUUUUAUUGCCCUGGUGGGGUUGGAGGUGUGGUCAGAUAGGGACAAGAUCUCUGUGGGCCCCCCCGCGGAGCAAACUCUCUCUGCCUUCACUGACUGGAGAAACAAUGAGCUGAACAAGAUCAAACAGAGUGACCACGCACAGCUCAUCUCGACACAUCAUCCAGCACCAUGGAAACAGCAGUGGUGUUAG